AUGGUGAUACAUUUCUGUGUCGUACUAUUCCUUACUACAAUCUGGGGUCCUUUCAAAAAAGCAUUUGUACCGGCCGUUAAGGUGCGACAACUCAGUAACAAGUCAGUGUCCUGGAUCAGACGGCGCGACGCGCACAUCCUCACGGUGGAUCGGUUCACAUUUAUCGCCGACGAGCGGUUCCAGGCGUUCCUGGUGGAAGCCACCGACACUUGGACCCUGCAGGUGAAAUAUGUGCAGGCUCGUGACGCCGGCGUAUACGAGUGCCAGGUCGGCACCGAGCCCAAGAUGAGCCACUUCGUGCAGCUCAACGUAGUCGUGCCAAAGAUCGAGAUAGUGGGCGAGUCGGACAUGUACGUGAAGGCGGGCACGACGGUGAGCCUCAAGUGCGUGAUCACGCAGGCGCUGGAGGAGCCCGCCUACAUCUUCUGGUACCACAACGACGAGCGCGUGCUCAACUACGACAAGAGCCUCGUCGAGAUACGUAUGGAGCGCGUCGCGCCUGACACCACGGUGGGCAACCUGAUAAUCUACAGUCCGCGGCGCGAGGACUCCGGCAACUACUCGUGCUCGCCCUCCAACCUCGACUCCGCCUCCGUCGUGCUACACGUGCUCAGCGGUAAAAAUAUUUAUAUCAAUAACAAUAUGUUCAUAGCGUUUCAUGAGCUCGAUGGUGCAAGUGACGGCAAUAUACGUUGGAUACGUAUAUUCCUGUUACCCCAGCAUCCUGGAACACAAGCUUUUCAGUGCUCAUUUUGGGGUAGGCCUUGGGCUCCAAACCUGGGGGCGAACAGCCGGCGGCGAUGCAGCACGGCAACGGCAGCGGGGCGCGCGCGCCGCCACCCGCCCGCCUGCUGCUGCUCGCCGCGCUCCUGCUCAUCGCGCUGGGUGCGCCCCGCGCGCCCCGAGGGAGGCACGAGUGAGUACACACCACCGACACCAACGGCAGCGGGGCGCGCGCGCCGCCACCCGGAAUCGAAGAGACACACCCACACAAAACACGCAUAUGUAGAAAUUCAUAUUGCAUCGUAUCCUGUGAUACAAGAUAUCGACAUUCAGUUGAAAUCGAUGCGAUGCCGGCAUCUAAAUGCGAGUGACGCAGGACCGAUGGGCGUAGAGAUCCUUAGGAGAGGCCUGUCGCGCGGCUUGCGGCAGGCGGCGCGGCGGCGACGCUCCAAUAGCGCUCGUGCAGCGCCCUGUGAUAUACACUGUGCGACUCUCGGUACUAAACUUUAUAUAACAUUACGGGAAACAAACUAUGUACAUAGGCGACGACGUAGGCGGCGGCCGCCCUCCUUGUACAGUUGUACAUAUUACGGUUGAACUGAAUCCCCUUCGCUCACACCCGGCCGGCCCCGCUCGGCUUCCUCUCGCUUAAAUUGACAGUACAAACGUCGAGUGGAAUUGUGUACCAUACGGAUUAUACGUUUAUAAUAUAUAAAUAAUUAACGAAGAACGGUGUGACGCGCGCCGCUCCUCGCCCUGUGCUGGAGGGCGUCGGUGACUUAAAAGUUAUUCGAAGUUCGUGAAAUGUUACGGCGAUAAGCUGCGGCUGAAUUUAAAGCGUUUAACGCAAGUGAAUAUGAAUACUGUUUUCUGACUCACUUUUCAUUUAUCCGGCAUAUGAAGAAGCAGAAAUUUGCUUUGUAUAAAGAUUAAUUAAUAUUUUUUACAAUUUCUCAAUUCGAAGGCUUCUGUGAUCGUUAGAGAGUGCUGUUGUAAAUAUACCAUCAGGUCGUACGGAGCGGCGCGCGGCUCCCGCUUCAUAAACGUCUAUGUAAUUAAGUUCCGACCUUAUCCUCCAGUGUCGUCGACAGCGGAGUUUUAUUCGAACUGAUUAUUGAGUAUGUGCCGGUUGACGUUUAUAAGUAAAUUAAUUCAGAUUAUAUAGAGUAUAUUUUUAAUGCGUCCGUCGGCCAGACGGCGGCUUCGACUCCCGGCGCCGAAAAUGAAAUUAUAUAAGACGUAGACACAAGGCAGUGGCUAACGUCGAUAGAGUUAUUGUUCGUUUUAUAUCGGAUAGUUUUGGAGUUAUAUUGAUUGUUCAGCGUCGGGUAUGACGCGCCUCCGUCUGGCACACCGGUUGUGUUCUGCGUUUUGAUCUCUGUAAAUUGGGUUUUAUUUCAUGCAAUUUUAGUGAUUCGACGAAAUGCGUUACUAUGUAUAUAAAUUAAUAUUUAUUUUUGUAUAAGUUUUCGAAAUAAAGAAAUAUCUUUAUAAAAAUUAAUAGAGGCGUUUAAAAGAGAAAGUUUUAAAUCAUAAGUUAAUAUUUUUAUCUUCUUUUACAAAAAUUUAAUAGGUAUUCGUUACAUCACUAAAAUUGCCGGACAAAUUAUUAUAUUAUUCGAUUAUUCAUGUUUUGUGAUCUCUUAGUUAUAUUUAUAAUCAUAAGGUAUUGUCAAACAGUAAAUAUAUUAGCUAACAGCAGGCAAUAGAGGCACCAAUUAUAUUUAUAGGUAUAUUUUUCAAAUUGACUAAAAUUAACAUACUAUUUUAAGUUAGUGAUUUAUUACUGCCUAUACUUUACAUGUGUAAAGCCUGAUCUUAAAGCGCUGGGAAUUCUUGUUUUUCGGACACAUUUUAGAAACAAUUCAAAACCCAGUUUCAAUAAAAAGUAAAACAACUACGAAUUUUUUUAAUCAAUCAAAUGUUUCUUAUUAGGACUGAAAAUAACAGAUUCUUCUUUUAGUGUGAUAUAUGAUAUAGAUAUGUGUCCUUUACAAAAAAUAGCAUUGCAGCAUUUCUGUUACCUGAACAGCAGCAGUACCCCAGCAAUGCAUAUGAUUGCCUUUGACCUAUCGCCGCUUAAGAUUAACCGUUUAUGAGCAAUUGCGUUUCUGCUUUAGCUAGUAUUUUACUGUGAUAUUAUGUUACUGUUGUUGAGGAGAGCGCAGACUCCCGGUGCAUGUUGAUUUUAAUAUAAUUACGACGAUUAUUGUUUGACGAGCAGUGGUUCUGUGCUGAGUAAGUUUGGUUCGUUGACACUGUUACUGCCUCACUUGUAAAUAAUAAAUGUAAGUAUACAAAUAAAGAUGAAAUCGUUGAA